AUGUCGCGAUCAAGCAGCGAACAACGAUCAGACUGUGGCUGCGAGCCACCGCGAGAGCUGGUGCUCUGCUUCGAUGGCACGGGCAACACUUUUCGCGCGGACGGAGGAGAGAGUAACAUCCUGAAGAUCUUCCGCAUGCUCGAUCGAACCAAAGAAAACCGAUGUAAGUUCCUGUCCACAGUCAUGUCAAGGAAGCUGCUCACCGACUUAGACUGCUACUACCAGCGAACGAGCAUCACGGCCGGCAGCUUCGCCAACGCCUUCAACCCCUUCAGCAACCUCCCCACGUCGAAAAUCUUCGACCAAGCCCUAGCCACCUCGUUCGACCAGCACGUCAUCGGUGGCUACCGCUUCAUCGCCCGCCGCUGGCAGCCCGGCGCAAAGAUCUACCUGUUCGGCUUCUCCCGCGGCGCCUACACAGCCCGAUUCCUCAACGAGAUGCUCGACUUUGCCGGCCUCAUCUCCGCCGACAACGAGGAGAUCAUCCCCUUCGUCUGGGAAGCCUUCGUCAAGUAUAAGUUCUCCGACAAGGGCCGCGAGCGGCACCAGACCCACGCGGAGCUCAACGUCUGCCGCGACACCAUGUGCCGCUCCGUCGGCUACGUGCAUUUCCUCGGCCUCUUCGACACCGUCAACAGCGUCGCCGAGUUCAACCUCGACGAAAGCAAGGACACACGCAUCCAGCCCAACCCGACCAUCAUGCGCCACGCCGUCAGCCUCGACGAGCGCCGCAUCAAGUUCCAGCCCGUGCUGUUCCAGCCCGCCCGCGCCCGCGACCAGGUGUCCAAACGCGGCCGCGUCAGUACGUGGGACGCGCAGGCGGAGGCGGGCGCGACGACCCCCAUGGGGAAGGACUCGGAGGACGGGUCGGCGCAUUCGGAUCCUGUCUUGCAUGACGACUUUGAGGAGGUGUGGUUUGCAGGCGACCACAGCGAUGUCGGCGGCGGAUGGCCGGCGGAUAAGUGGGCGGCCAGCCAGGUCCCGCUGAUGUGGAUGAUUCAGGAGGCGACGCGCGCAGGUUUGACGUUCCAUGAGGACCAGCUUAAAGACUUGGGAUGCUUUGACCCGACGGCCGAGAAGUUCGACGACCAGGUGAUGCGGAUCGCUGAGAAGGCGGAGCUGCAUGAUUCCCUCGACUACGACAGUGGUAAGGGCAUCGAGACCAUGUUCUGGCGGUUCCUUGAGUGGUUCCCAUGGAAGCGGCCGGCCGUCCAGCCUGAUGGCUCGAUCAAGGAGACGCGCUGGCAUUUUAAGGGGCUGCGCCGGCCGUUGCCUCCCGAUGCAAAGAUCCAUGGCAGUGUUAUUCGUCGCAUUGUCAACGAUCCUGACUAUCGUCCGUACAACCUGGGCUUUGGCAAGAAGUCGCGGCAGAUGGACUAUGAGACGGAGAGGCGGGAAUUCCAUUCAUGGCAUCAUGUCAAGAAGUCGGGGCUGACGGAGUAUUGGAUCAAGAGGCCUGAUCGAGGUCGAAGUCAGCACAAGUUGGGUUAUCGGACUACGGUUUGA